UGGCCGAUCAUUCGAUCUACUCAGCGUCAUGUAAGGCGGCCUCAGUCUGCCAAAUCAGAGUUUCGAAAUCGUGCCAAUGACGAUGCCUCGGCUCUCCCGCCUUUUUCCUCCUCCGCCAUGGCGGCAGACCUUGCGCUGUUGCGGCGGAAGGGGAUUCCGGUCGAAGGCAGCGCUGGAUGCCCUAGCAAAGGCCUCUGCAGAGAGCCUCGUCCUUUACAACUACCCAUCCUUCGCCGGGGCCUUCGGUUCCCUCUUCGCCCGCCUCUAUCACUCCCACCUCUGUCGCCCUCUCCUCAUCCUCCCGUUCUCUUCCGUUCAUCCCUUCAGGGCUGUAGACUUCAAAAUUGAAGGACUUAAGACUUGUUACCUUAUUGAUUUUGUUGGGCCUGAUCACUUCCCCCACCAACUUUCACAAUUAAUAGACCAAACAUUUGGCAUUGUUUCCAUCACUGAUUUCAAGAUCCACUGUUUUAGGGUUGUGGUCAUUGAUCAUCAUAAAUCUGCUCUGUUGAAGGUGGAUCCUGGUGAAGAUUGCCCAAGAAACCUACAUUUACAUCUAGAUACCAACAAGAGCAGUGCAGUUGCGGCAUAUGACUACUUCACUCAGCAGCUCAACACAGAGAAUUCAGCAGAGCAGCAGGAGAAAAUGUGCUUGAUUAAUGGCGAAGAUGCUGCUCGUAUUUUGAUGCUUAUCAAGUACAUUGAAGAUGCUAAUCUUCGUAAAUGGGAGCUACCAGACAUCCGUGCAUUCAAUAUCGGAAUCAGACCAAUGUUUGCAAAGUUAAAUUGUGUUACUAAUCCUUACAUAUUUGAUCAGUUAUUAAAAUUGAAUCCUGCUGAUUUAAUUGCAAAGGGAAGUUCAAUAAUCAAAUCUCGUCAGGAUGCUGCGAAAAAAUUGUUGGGGAAGCCUUUCAAGAUUCGGUUAGGAAAGGGAUUCUAUGGCAACUGCUUGGGUAUAAGAGCAGAUGGAAAUUCCAACUUAGCUGAUGAAAUUGGUAAAGAACUUAGCAUAAGGAGCGCUGCAGCUGGUUUGAGGCCCAUAGGUGCAGUUGUGUAUAUGCAACGAGGAAUUCUGAAGAUGUGCUUGAGGAGUACUGACAGUAAGGCAGAUACUUCUGAAAUUGCAAAGGCUUAUGGCGGUGGAGGCAACUCUUUUUCAAGUUCAUUUACUAUAAAAAUGGAUGAAUACAACAAGUGGGUUUCGUGAUUUUCCCAAAUGGACAGAUGGAGAUCAGCACAGGAUCUGCCUUUGAUAUUGAACGGGCAAAGUGGCAAAGAUAUUCUUGAAGUUGAUUGAACAUUGACUGGAUCUUCUAAAACGCUUUUUGGUACAUCUCCUUUGGCAGUGCUAAGAAGUCAUACGCACAUUUUCUACGAAUGGAAAGUAUGUGUGUGUGAGAUCUCGUGAGGAACCGACAGAGUAUUGCAGCCUUCGGGGUAACUGACUGGGCAACCUACCUCUUGAGGAGCUUACAGAUUUGCCAGUGUUGCUGAGGAAUCUGCUAGAACACACCAAGUGCAAGAAGAAACAGCAGCCCUGGGACUGCAAGCAAGUGCGCAUGCAGAUCCACACAGUAAUUGUCUACCAUCUUUUUCAGUUAAGGUAAAUGUGUAACUAGAUCAAUUACGAGGAGGUGUAGGCUCGAACACUAUUCUUGUAUAUGGAACUAAUAGCUGCACAGCUGUC